GCAAAACAAUCCAAGAGGCAGCUCGGUCCGAAUCACGCCAUAACGUAGUCUGUUCAAACAACUUCAGCGUGGGGGUAAACGUGCGAGCAAACAUGUCUGUUGCUGAUACACCGAUGAAGACUGAACCCGAUGGCGUGGGCAACAUCCGGUUCUGUGACUUGUGUAACAAACCGAUAGUCAGCGAAACCGCCUUUAAACGUCACCUGGCCUACUGCCGCCGGACAGCAGGGAAACCCAAAAAGCGGAAACGUUCGUGUAGGGAAUGCCAUCGUGCCAAGGCCAAGUGCAGCUUUGAGCGACAAUGUUUCCGCUGUUUAACGAGAGGUCUUACAUGCGAGUACGAAAAACCUGCAUUUCCUUCAGCCAACAGUGAAUCGGGCAACGAAGUCCAAGAUUCGUCGACACCAGAGCCAGCUGAAAGCAGUCCUAGUGAUGGCACUGGUUCACCAGGCUCAUCAGAUUUAUUCCUAAAUCAUGAAAUAACGCUAGAGAUGGUAUACCUCCACCAAAAUAUUCCUCCAAGGAGCGCAGUAGAGCUUCGCAGAGACCCCAAGCAUCAAGCAAACGCUAUAUUCAUAUUAGAAACGCUACGGAGUGUGCCUUAUAUGAUGAGCAGACGAGAGAAUUUCCCCAUGUUUAUCCACGGACAAUGGCAUGAACCCGAGGUCCCCGUUACCAUCACCAAUUGCAUGCGCAUCUGCGAGCUAUAUAUUGCCAGAAAUACUAGUCCACACGGCAGAGAACUCUUCUAUACCGCUGUGAGCGAAGAGGCCGCACGAUUUGCACAUCAUCUUUUUACUUCUAGCAGAGAGGAUACCGCCAAUAUGCUCUCGGUACAGUCUUUGUAUACUACAAUGGCCGUGUUUGAGGAUUACAGACCUCAGGCGAGCUGCACACCCGACCUUGUGGUACGGGAAUGCGAUGUCUCCUUGAUGACGUCCCUCGCUCGCCAGUGCUUUAAUUCUGACAAUUACGAGCCGUUUGAUGUUGAUAAGAAUGACGAUCCAGAUCAGACUUGGGAGCAAUUCAUAUACGCUGAAUCACGGCGAAGGUGUGCUUUAUUUUGGUUUAUCGUGAGCCGAGUAAUCGACUUACGACACGGCCUAACAUGUCCUCCCGUAGUCGGUUACCGUGGGCUGUCGCUGCCCGCGCCAGGCGUUCUUUGGAGUGCGAGGACACGGGAGGAGUGGGAGGCGGCGCGAGCGGAGAUACGAGCACACCGCCAAGAACCACUUUACAAUACUACGCUACGCACAAUGGGCGAUUUGAUAGAGAGUCGCGAACGCGCGUUCGAUCCCGACUGUGCCAGACAGCUUAGCAACUGGCUCGCCGGCUGUGACAAAUUGGGCCUGAUGGUCGAGAUCGCCUCUACUAUGAUCUGACGUGAGAAUCUGGGGUUAAAGGUUUUGACUAAUCAAACGGGAAGAUGGACACCGCUGACCGUUUGAACGCCAUUCCAACUCCGCAACGCAGGGAUAACGUUAUAUGUAACUUUUCCUCGAAACGGAUCAAAUGCCCUGCUCCGAUUGGCUUCGAUUGCCUGUUCGGAAUACUUGGCGUUCCGAAUCAACUACUC